UUAACCGAUCUUUCAGAGGAAUUCAUUCUCGUGCCCUUGCUGCACUAUGAGCAAGUCGCACCAACUCCACUCCCUCCGGACGCGUCAGUCCGUGUCCACAUUCCCGGUCACCGUGUGCCACCGCCAGCGGCAGCAGCAGCAGCACGUCCAACGUCAGUGGCCAGUCCCAAUCAGAUAACAUCAGAUCCUCGUGCCUCAGUCAUACAAAAAGUGUCCCGUCCGGCCAGUGUAUCCAGCGCCGAAGAUUCGGCCAACCCAUUGCUCGAUACCGAGCCGCCGGAAUCUGUCAAUUCGAACGACCCAUCACAACUAACACACGAGAAGUUGACCCCAACACAUCGAUUAGAAGUUAGUGACAUGAAAUUGCGCUGGACAGAACACACACGGGAUCUGGUCUACAUGCUCAUGGACACGUAUCAGCAUGCCCAGUCACUCAAGCGAAAUUUAUCCGCUCGUGCCACUCAGGCAUUCCAUUUGGACGCCAAUUCCGGCGGGCGAAUAAAGCCAACAGAAGCAGUUCAAUCCGGACUACUCGGUUUGCAUAAUCGUGUUGCGUCGACUGCUUCGAACUUGACCUCGCGUACCAUGGACCCCACAAUUAACGAGCCUACAUCCAUGUCCAGUCGAAAUACGUCCCAUUCGGACAUCAGAACAGAUCAGGUCAACAGUACUCCAACCAUCGCUACUGCAACCGGUAGCCAAGGCUCAUUGGAUAUUGCGUCUGUAGCGGAUGCUGCUUCUGUCACAGCUGACCGCCAGCAACACCCCGAACGGAACACGAAGCCUGAUUUAAUUGGCUCGCCCCAAGCAUCUGAUACUCAAACACGAUCCGAUCGGAGCUGGUUACCCGGUCUGGGUCGUGUGCCGAUGCUCGCACAACUAUUGGAUGAGGUAGACACGGCUCGAUUCUACGCAUACUGCGAGGAGGAACCCAAACAAACUGAUGUGAUGGGUCAGUUGCAAGGCUUGAAUAUUUGUGCGUCCAGCCCGGUGAUAGCUCGAAAUUGGCACGUCGAACUGGUGAACAGUCAGUUACUUCUGAAGACACAUAGUCUGGCUGGCUACGUGCUUGUGACGGCUGCCCGAGCCAAAUUGAACGCUCUCGCCCAUCCGCCUAUCUGGCGUGACGCUCAAUUGUUGACCAAAUCAUCUCUUGUGGGUCAUCUGGAAGGCAUGCAAUACUUUGCCACAGUUGGUCAAUUGUUACCCAGUUAUGCCGAUCAGUGGCUCUCCACGGCGGAUGUGAGCGAUUGGGCUCAUCUCAAUCCGUCAGCUGACGAAGAUGCCCUAUCUGGUCGUCCUGAAGUGGUCGGCUGUGGCCGGUCAGUAGGUGGGGUGGUGAAUGCAGCUUAUGUCACUCCGGUGACAGCUGCACCGAUGGGGGCAGUACGAGUCUCGGGUGCCCAGCAGACAAUCCCGAUCGGGAUAGGUGGAAAAUCCUCUAUGGGUCAUGCCCACAGUGCACUUCUCACGGCGACGCCAUCCAUACAACUGCAACGUAUGAUUUCACGCUGUUCCUGUCAAGUGUUCUAUGUACAUUAUGAACCGGUCGAUCCAGCUAAACUGCCCGCACCGCAUCUGAUACCGCCUUUGUUGUCCGAGGCCAUGAUUGCUGAGGAUUUCUGGUUUAGAUAG